AUAGUAGAAGUUCAAUGUUGAAAUAAUGUACCAAAACUAAUAUACCUAUACUUUGUGAGGUAUUGAAGACCACACCAAGUCGACGGUCGGCAGUGACAUUCAACAUGGGGGUCCCAGAGAAGAUGGACGUGAUCGAGAGCAAGAAAGGGGAGGGCUACAAGCCGUACUACACCCACAAAAUUGAAAACCUGCAAGUCAUUAUAUCAGAGAAAAUGCAAGAUCUGAGACGACUCCAAGCACAGCGGAAUGAACUCAAUGCCAAAGUACGUCUGCUGCGCGAGGAACUUCAGCUGCUGCAGGAACAAGGGUCGUACGUCGGGGAGGUGGUGAAGCCCAUGGACAAAAAGAAGGUGCUGGUCAAGGUUCACCCCGAGGGAAAGUUCGUCGUUGACCUCGAUAAGAACAUUGACAUCAACCAGGUGACGGCCAACGCAAGAGUGGCGCUGCGUAACGACUCCUACACACUGCACAAGAUUCUGCCCAACAAGGUCGAUCCACUGGUGUCUCUCAUGAUGGUGGAGAAGGUCCCGGACUCCACUUACGAGAUGGUAGGCGGCCUCGACAAGCAGAUCAAGGAGAUUAAGGAGGUGAUCGAGCUGCCCGUCAAGCACCCCGAGCUGUUUGACGCCCUGGGUAUUGCGCAGCCCAAGGGAGUGUUGCUGUACGGGCCACCGGGAACAGGCAAGACGCUGCUGGCCCGAGCCGUGGCCCAUCACACUGACUGCACCUUCAUCCGCGUGUCGGGCUCCGAGCUGGUGCAGAAGUUCAUUGGCGAGGGGUCGAGGAUGGUGCGGGAGCUCUUCGUCAUGGCCAGGGAACACGCGCCUUCCAUCAUCUUCAUGGACGAGAUUGACUCCAUCGGAUCGUCGCGUAUUGAGUCAGGCAGCGGCGGAGACUCUGAAGUACAGCGCACCAUGUUGGAGCUUCUCAAUCAGCUGGACGGGUUUGAGGCCACCAAGAAUAUUAAGGUCAUCAUGGCGACCAACCGUAUCGACAUCCUUGACCCUGCUCUGCUGCGCCCCGGGCGAAUUGAUAGGAAGAUUGAGUUCCCCGCGCCCAAUGAAGAGGCCAGGCUGGAUAUUUUGAAGAUUCACUCGCGCAAGAUGAACCUGACUCGAGGGAUCAACCUUCGGAAGAUCGCCGAGAUGAUGCCGGGAGCCUCGGGGGCGGAGGUCAAGGGCGUGUGCACCGAGGCCGGCAUGUACGCCCUGAGGGAGCGCCGCGUACACGUCACCCAAGAGGAUUUCGAGAUGGCGGUCGCGAAGGUUAUGCAGAAGGACAGCGAGAAGAACAUGUCCGUCAAGAAGCUCUGGAAGUAAAGGAGGAUAGGCGGAUAGGUAGGGUACUUGUAUUUCCUGUAGGUCUAAUUUUUAAACAUAUUGGCACCUCA